UAAAAUCUAGUAGGUUAAAUUGUCAUAUAAAGUUUGUACACAUUUUUUACGUUUCAUUUAUACUAAGAUGGAUAACCAGAUGGAAACACAGAUUAGUGACCAGGAGAUCAUGAAGAAGAAAGAAGAUGAGCAUUUAAUGCUGCAGAGACAGUUCCGGAUGAUACAACGAGACCGAGCCAACAGAACAGUAGGUGUGCACCCGAUGUUUCGAAGACAAGAUCUCCUGCUGCGCCAGCUACGGAAGGACUACCGCAGCAUGAAGGAAGAUUUGAAGAUUGCGACAACUGGUGCGCACAAGAAGAACGAAAAGCGAAUGAAGGCGGAGCUGCAGCGCUCUUUGUUACUAAGAGAAAAGACAGAACACCAGUGUCAGGGUCGAAUAAUCCUCAUGGAGCAACUGGAAGGACUGCUGCAGCGCGAUCACAAAAACUUGCUCGAAUUGCAAAAUCGUGUCAAUGCUUCUAUGGGCAAGUUGAAAGAGAGAGCUCAACAAGGAGAGACACGUCUGGUGGCCACAGAGAAUAAGCUGGAGACAGCCAACCGCCGUUUCAACGCUGUGCAGCAUGAGAACAAGCAGAUACGCGAGCAGAUCGAGCAUAUGCUAAAGGACAGGGCCAUUUUCAACCAGAACUGGUCUAAGAUGAUAUCAGCUCUCUGCAAAGGAAAAAAGUUCCUUACAGACCUGUUUGAGUCCUCGUCAGUGGCUUACGAUCAGCGAGACGAGUGGUGCACCAAACUGCGGUCGUUAACGGAGAAAGGACGUGUGGACCAGACGAUACAAGUGCAGGAAAUGCGGGACCUCCAAAAAGCGUAUGACCACGAGAUGAAAACGUACAAGUUCUUGGCCACGAAGGGGGUGAAGAGAGUCAAUGAGAGUGUGGAAAUAAAGCAAGAAGAGCUGCAGAGGAAGAAAGAGGAGCAGUGGCAGGAGGAGUUGGACUACCACACCAAUUUGCUUAAGGAUAUAGAGAACUACACUCAGGAGACAAACGCACAGAAAAUAAUCGAAGCGUUCGAGAAGACCGAGCAAGAAAACUUUGCCGUCUAUCGUCUGCUGACGCACUUCUGCGCGGAGAAUAUCGUUCUGAGCAAGGAGCUGGGAAGACUCCGGCAGGAAAUCGCUGAUCGCAAAGAUUUUAACGAGUCAGUGGAAGUGCGACAGAGAGAGAAUCUAGAACAACUGAGACAGCAGCUGGAAGAGGUGAAGAACAGGACGGAAAUACUUCGGAUGAAGGAUAGAGAAAAAACUAAGCUGUUGGAAACUAAUAUGGAUAAGAUCAGCGACAUUUUUAGAAUGUUAGACCUGUCGUUGGAGCCAUUUCAGAAUCUUCUAGGAGACAAGCAACCAUCUUUGCACCAGUUGGGUUUGACGCUGUGUCUUAUCAAUGAGAAAACGAAGGAGCUUAUUGAGACUGCUUAUUAUUUGGAGCGCAAGGCCCACAAGAAGAGCCUAAGCACAUCGCGUAAGAAAUACACAGUGCAACACCCACAUAUAAAGGAGCUCUCCCCUUUACCAAUGAACAUCCUGGUACCUGCAGAUCCUUGUCCUGCGUGUACUGAAGCCCGCUGGUUCUCCCGCAUCUCUGAAACACUGGAGGCUCCUCUCACUCGCGACGGCGCGAUUCUUGCCCUCCGCGCUCUCGCCGCCGAGCCAGCCUAUGAGCGAAGCGACCGCGUUCACCAGCUCCAAGAUUGCCGCUUGCCAGCUAGCCGCAUUGUGCUGGCCAAACGCUACUUAUAAACACGCGUUCACCAGCUCCAAGACUGCCGCUUGCCUGCUAGCCGCAUUGUGCUGGCCAAACGCUACUUAUAAACACGCGUUCACCAGCUCCAAGACUGCCGCUUGCCUGCUAGCCGUAGGCUGGCUAAAGGCUACUUAUAAACGCGCGUUCACCAGCUCCAAGACUGCCGCUUGCCUGCUAGCCGUAGGCUGGCUAAAGGCUACUUAUAAACACGCGUUCACCAGCUCCAAGACUGCCGCUUGCCUGCUAGCCGUAGGCUGGCUAAAGGCUACUUAUAAACGCGCGUUUACCAGCUCCAAGACUGCCGCUUGCCAGCUAGCUGCAUUGUGCUGGCCUAACGUUACUUAUAAACAUGCGUUCAACCAGUUCCAAGACUGCCACUUUCCAGCUAGCCGCAUUGUGCUGGCCAAACGUUACUUAUAAACACGCGUUCAUCAGCUCCAAGACUGCCGCUUGCCUGCUAGCCGUAUUGUGCUGCCCAAACGCUACUUAUAAACAGAACAAUAUAGAUUAUUAACACAUUCAGUGCUAAUCAAGACACGUUGUCGUUUUGCCUCUACGAAGCAUUUUCGAUACAUACCCGGAAACCCAUGUUAUUGGUUACGACGUAGCGCUACGGCCGUAGCUCAGUAGUGAAUGUGUUAAAAAAUUGUGAUAAAUAUACGAUUUACAUUUAGUGCUGGUGUGGCGACAGUCGGUAGCCAUUAUGUGCUUAAUCGAUUUUUAUAUAAAAACAUAAUCUUUAAUUCCAUAUGAUUUAUUAUUAUCAGAUAACCAGUAUGUACACUUGCUACAUAUAACUACUACUAUAUUACAGAGAUGUAUACAUAUGUGACUUUCCACGGGUAAAGGUACCGGGUUAUGGCGGUUGGCCCUUAAGCUGUUAUUAACGAUUCAAUACUAAUGCGAAUGGAAGGUAGAGGUAAGGAAUGCAAUUUGCAUAGGCAGAACUGUUGCAAGUGUCCAGCUGUCAGCUAUAAAUAAUAGUUCCGAAACUCCAGAGUAGCGCUAGAGUAAGAACCUAGGCGUUAUGCGGAGUGAAGUGCGCUGUCUAUGAUUUGAUUUUUUUUUCAAAUAUUCUAGGUAUUGUAGCGCCACCUAUUUAAAGUUUUUUGAUGCACACUUUUUGGUACAAGGAGAAUUCAUUCCUUUCCUCUACCUUCCAUACUAAUACGGUGAUGUAAGCGCCAACCGAAAUAAGUUACCUUUACCCGUGGAACGUCACAAUAUUCUUUGCGUAUUCUACUAUUUUAAUGCCAAUAAAUAUUUUUGAUCCGA